AUAUGAAGAGCGUUCCCGCCCAUUUACCAUCAGAUCUCUUCAAACUGGACCUAUCAGGGAACCGGAUACAGCACCUGACGCCCAGACACUUCCUGUUUGCCAAAGACCUCAAGCACCUCAACCUCAGCAACAAUGGCGUCAAGCGCAUAGACAAGGCGGCCUUCUCGGGCCUGCUCCACCUGCGCGAGCUGGACCUGUCCAACAACAGCCUGCAGCACUUCCAGUACGGCGUGCUGGAGGACCUCUACUUCCUGCGGCGCCUGUCCCUGGCCGGGAACCCCUGGGUGUGCGACUACAGCGUCCACUACCUGUCCUACUGGCUGAAGCACCACCCGGGGGUCUUCCACACCGGCCUGGUCUGCGCCGAGCCCCAGGAGUUCCGGGGCUGGCGGGUGGAGGACUACGUCAAGACCUACAACGGAGACUGUCCCAAGAACGGCAACGGAGGGACUCUGGGCGGAGGUGGGGGAGAGGGUGGAGGAGGCGGAGCUGGAGGAGGAGGAGGAGGAGGAGGAGGAGGAGGAGGAGGAGGGGAGAACGAGCUGCUGAGGCCGGAGGUGGAAGAGGAUCGUCUGCCCAGCCCGCUGAAGAGGAAGAGAAACGGGAAGUUUGAGAUCAUCCGGCUGAGUUAGGGAGCAGGGUGAGCCCGGAAUGGCUAGGAGCCGUCGGAGUGAUGCAUUGUGGGAAGGUGGAGCCACGACGGAGCCACGCAUGGAGUGGUCUGGGUUUUUGUCAGUGGAAGGAGAGGGAAGAGCAACAGGCAAACCGGGGUUGUCGGGAUCUGCGGGAAGAGAUGGGGUGGAGGAGUUUCUGGACGCGCCUGUAGGAGAUCGCUGAGACUGUGUUUUUAGAUCUUUUGUUAAUCUUAUUUACUUUUUUCAGGUAGUCUCUGUCCUUUCGGACAGCAUUCAAAUCAGGAAUCCUUAACGAAAGUGGUUUACAAAGGGAUGCUCCCUCCCUGUCUACACAGAUCUAAAUAUAUCUGUUGUCUUCGGUCUUCCUGUGCAUGGAAAGGACAUUUUAACGAUAGAAAUGAUUGGCUGUUUUUGAUUAUUUUCACAAGAAGACUCUAUGAGUCUGUAUCAGAUCAAAUCGCCUGCCUAUUUUUCUCAUCCAGCAAACUAAUUGACUGUUUUUCAGUGAUCUUGUAGUUCAGCCUGGAUAUACUUUUAAAGAGUAGCUUGUAGAUGCCUCUGUGUUUUUUUUUUUAUUAAAGUAACUAAUUAUUAUUAUUUUUUAUCUCUGCUGCGAAUAAAUUUUGGUGCCAUUUUUUUGGCUGGA